AUGGACCACAGGAGUUUGGCAGAUCAAGAGAAGUUAGAAAGAAUAUCUCAACCGGCAAGCAACCGCCGUCCACACAAUGAUGCACCCUCGCAAAAGACCGCCUGGCCUAGGUGGCAUAAGAGAGGCAAGGAGAAGAGUAGCCUGGCACUUGCUGGCACAUGGGCCGUGGACCAUCAGAUCGGUUUAUCACUGAAUUUCAUAUCCAUGCUCUUCUUCGUGCACAUAUUCUUCCCCUCAGCACGCCACCACACCCAGAAGUACUUCCGUGUCUCCUACUACAAUCCUGUCACUGGCAUGUAUGCCCUUGGUUGGGACGAUAUCUUCUUCGUCUUUUACUGGAUCGUUGUCUUCAGCGGCCUGCGCUGUGCCGUCAUGGACUAUCUCCUCACACCGUUGGCCUCAUCCUUGGGCAUCAAGAAGAAGAAACCAAAGGUCCGGUUCGCAGAACAAGCGUGGAUCAUACUCUACUAUAGUAUUUCCUGGUCUGUCGGUAUGUACACCAUGUACACCUCGGAUUACUGGCUAGAUCUGCGAGCGCUAUGGCGGAACUGGCCCAGUCGAGAGAUGGGAGGACUUGCGAAAUGGUACUACCUAGUCCAGUUCGGCUUUUACCUGCAGCAGAUCGUUGUGGUCAACAUCGAGGAGCGUCGGAAGGACUACCUGCAAAUGUUCGUGCACCACAUCAUUACCUGUUGUCUCAUCUUCGCUUCCUACGGCUACCACCAAUACCGGGUCGGCACUGUUAUCCUCUCCCUGAUGGACAUCGUGGACGUGAUUCUGCCCACGGCCAAGAUCCUCAAGUACCUCCACUACAAUGUUGUAUGUGACAUCGCUUUCGGCAUCUUCAUGGUCACUUGGUUCUUUACUAGACAUGUACUGUUUCCGAUGGUCUUGUACAGCAUCUACGCCCACAUCCCUCAGGAGAUCCAAUACGGAUGCUAUAAGGGAAGCGUCCUCGACCUGCAGGGGCCGUUACCUCCGCCAAACGACUGGGGCCAUCUGAUGCAGCCCUUCCGCGAUCCGGUCGGCCUGGUGUGUUGGAACAACAAGAUCAAAUGGUCAUUCCUCAUCUCGCUCAUUGCACUACAGGUGGUGCUGCUUGUCUGGUUUGCCGCCAUAAUUAGAGUUGCCUACAAAGUCGUGACCGGGCAGGGGGCGGACGAUGUCCGAUCUGACGAUGAAGAUGAAGAAGAAGAGGAAGGUAUCUCGGAUGUUACGAUACCUAUGUCGGGCCCUGAAAACAAGGGGAACAAUUACAUCGACACAGUUCAUCUCUGCGUCGACCCACAGCCACAUUUCGAAGCCGAAGUCCUGAGCACAGAUGCGAAUUUCUCUUUGUCCAACUCUUCGAAAUCAACGACGAAAUCAAAGUCCAAGUACAAGGCAGAGCGGAGUGCUCACUCGGAAGUCACGCGUUCUACUUCGAGCGGCAGCAGCAGCAGCAGGAGAAAGCACAAGCAUGAGUCGGCACAUUCCUCGAGCGUCAAUCUACUCGCUGCCAGUAGUGACCGCAAGGAGCUCCUCGGCCGCAUCGGCUGCGACAAGGGCACUGCUUCCGAGUAG